UUGUAAUCAAUUUCCGAAGCAAACAUCUUGCUAAUUGUCACACCAUCUUUAAGCUAAAUUCCAAGUUACCGCAAAAAUUCAGGAUGAUAAAUACUAUCCUUUGUUUGCUUUUGUUUUGUGUUCAUGUGGUACUAGUUUUUGCUUCAAGCUUACAAUCAGAUUGGAUAAACCAUGGUGGAGAUUUAUUCAAUAGAAGGUAUGCAUACAAUGAACACAAGAUCAAUCCAGAAACGGUUUCUAACCUAAGUUUGAAGUGGAAAUUCAAUGCAGGCAAAGAUAUUACAGCAACACCAACAAUAUACAAUGGUACAAUUUAUUUUCCAUGCUGGAAUGGUAACAUAUAUGCAAUUAAACAAAUUGAUGGAUCACUUGUUUGGAAGCAAAAUUUGGAGGAAUUGACAGGUUUAAAUGCAACUGGAAUUAUCAAAGCUGUAAAUUGGUCAGUGGCUAGAGCAACUCCAACUGUGGCUGAAGAUUUAUUGAUUGUUGGAAUUUAUGGACCUGCUGUUGUUAUUGGUCUUGAAAGGAGAACUGGUGAGCUUAUUUGGUUGACCCAUUUGGAUAAUCAUCCUGCAGGAGUUAUUACCAUGUCUGGAACUUAUUAUAAUGGGAAGCAGGACCUAGUGGAGCAGCUGGAGGUGGAAUAUUUGGUGCAUCAACAGAUGAAAAAAGAGUUUAUACAAACAUUGCAAAUUCAGAUGCCAAAAAUUUCAAGCUGUUACCAACAAAUAUGAAUACAACAUCUGGAGGAUGGGUGGGAAUGGAUGCUAUGAAUGGAGAAAUAAUAUGGACUACAGCUAACCCUAGCAAUAAUAGUGCUAAUGGCCCUGUUAGUGUUGCAAAUGAAGUUGUUUUUGCUGGUUCUAUGGAUAGAU